GCCAAUGCCCAACUCUGCCAUCUCCCCCCGGCUUAACUCUUAACCAUAUUGCCAGUCAACAAAGUAGAGCUUCUCCUCGAUCGUCCAUGGCGUGCAUCAAAUUAAAUCUCAACGUAGACGUCAAUGACUGCCUGAGGGGGCUCAAGGCGACGCUGCGACUGGGCAGGCCGAAAUCUGGCAUCGAGAAAUUGGAAAAGGAAAUGACAAGAUUGAGAAGCAAAAGAGACGACAUCAAAAACCAGAUCAAUGAGGCGGAGCGUCAAGGGAAAAUUCCGACCAACGAAGUGAGCCAGUGGCUACGAGAGGUGGAGAUAUUGGAAGGCGAAGUGGCUGACAUCGAGCAGGAUUUCCAAAGCAUGAGUUGCUUCAGUUGCAAUUGUUUCAAUCGAACUGGCGGCACGUCGAGCAACCCAACAGAAGCUUUUGCUGCAAAUCAAGAGGACGAAGAAAACGCUGCCACUCAAACACAGCAAGCAGGAGAUGGUGUUCCCAUCAGAGAGUCAUCAAACUGCUGCUCCAUCAUUCAGAGAGCGGCUAAGAAGCUUGACGAGGCUAAUGAAUUGAUGAGCCGAGCUGGUGCCCUAGAUCCGAUUGCCACGGUUGGGCCUCCAGAACCCACCGUGAUGCUUCCCAUCUCACACCGAUCGCCUGUUGGGAUCGAGUCGGAUGUGGAGGACAUUGUGGGCUACGUCGAUGGUGGAAAAGUCGACAUCAUAGGCAUCUACGGAAUGGGCGGUGUCGGUAAGACCACCACGUUGAAAAGCAUCCAGCAACACUACUCUCUUCUCAAGCAUAGCACAUUUGAUUGUGUGAUUUGGGUUGUGGCCUCCAAAGACUGCCAAUUGAAAAGGCUCCAGAUGGAUAUUGCUAAGAGUCUAGGACUGAAGACACUGCAGGAGAGUGACGAUGAACGAACCUGUGGUGAUAAGCUGUUCAGUUUCUUGAAGAAGAGGAAUUGCUUGUUGCUUCUCGAUGACAUUUGGGAACAUGUGGAUCUUCAACUAUUGGGGAUGGCACACUCAGUUAUUGAGCAAGGCCAGCAGCAGCAGCCGCGUAAAGUUGUGGUGUUCACGACCCGCAAUGAGACAGUGUGUGCAGAAAUGAAGGCAGAAAAGAAGAUCAAAGUCAGAUGUCUGGAUUCAGAGCAAGCAUGGCAACUCUUUGAGCAGAACAGCGAUGGGGAUGUUCUCAGCUCAGAUGCUGGAAUUAAGUUCGUUGCUGAAGAACUUGCUAAAGAAUGUGCAGGCCUUCCGCUCGCUCUUGUCACGGUCGCCCGGGCUAUGUCAGGGAAAAGGUCUUGGGAAGCUUGGAAGGAAGCCCUCAGUCAAAUAAGGGAUAAACAUGAAUGGACGACCGUAUGCCUUCCAGAAGAUUCAGUCAUGUAUAAAACCUUCAAGCUGAGCUACGAUAGUUUAGAGAAUGACUUCAUAAGAAAAUGUCUCUUGUGUUGCGCUUUGUGGCUUGAAGAUCAUAUGAUCAGGAAGCUUGAGUUGAUACCGUGUUGGAUAGGUUGCGGCAUAAUCUCUGAAUUUAAUGUGAUCAAUGAAGCUUUAGUCAAAGGAUGCUCGUAUUUGGAAGCUCUCAUUGCUACAUCCUUGCUAGAGAAAUGUACUGACAUCGACUCUUCUUAUGGGGACACGCUUGUAAAGAUGCACGAUGUCAUCCGAGACAUGGCACUGUUGAUGGUCUCUGAUUUGGAGAGCAACAAAAGAAAAUGGAUUGUAAAAGCAGGAAUCGGAUUGAGUGAUUUGCCUAGACAAGAAGAAUGGCAAGAAGCAGAGCGAGCAUCAUUCAUGCGCAAUAGGAUUACUUCUUUACAAGGGUAUGGAGCUUUCGCUUUUCCAAAACUUUCUAUGUUGAUUCUCCUAGGAAACUUAGACCUGGAAGCAAUUCCUUCGAGUUUGUUCGCAAGCAUGCCUCAUUUGACAUACUUGGAUCUUGGAUGUUGUGGUAUAACAGAGCUUCCGAUGGAGAUCGGUAGCUUGACUGAGCUUCAAUAUUUAGAUUUCUCUUUCAAUCCUAUUGCAAAACUGCCGGCCGAGUUGGGUUGCUUGUGCAAAUUAGAGUACUUGUUUCUAAAUUCUACUUGUCUUAAGAUUGUACCCAAUGGGACGAUAUCCAAUUUAUUAAUGCUCAAGUGGCUGGAUAUAAGUAACAAUCCUCUUGUACCCGAGUGGUGGUGGGAUGAGCUGAAAUCUUUCAAAGGUCGUCACCAAUUAAGUGUGGGAAUUAACAUUAAUGCUACAACAGAUAACAUUCAGCGACUCAACAUGUAACCAAAUGUCUCCAUAUGGGGACUCACUUUGGAUGGAGAGAAUAUUUCAAACAUGAGCAAGUAAUGGAUUUGGGUACUUCACAAUGGGGUUGCAGGGUAAGUGACAACCUUGAUAUUCUGAACAUUGUGUGUCUCGGAUUACGUAGAUUAGUGUUGGCUACAGGCAUAGGUCGGGAAUCAAGUUUUGGAUGUUUAAAGCGUCUCCAUUUUCAAUUCCUAAAACUAUUGGUAGAUGUUUCAUUGAAGAGAGUUCGGCUCUACAACCUUCGUGAAAUAUAUAUUUCCAAGUGCCCCAUGCUGAAGGAUGUUUCUUGGGUUCUCCAACUGCCAUGCCUUAAAUUUCUAGAAAUACAUAGUUGUGGAAAAAUGAAGGAACUAAUAAGUGAGGUAGGGAACUCCAACUCCAUCACUAUCUCUAGCAUCCAGACCUUGGCUUUGGACAAAAUGUCAAAUCUCAAUCGCAUUGCAAACCGACCGCUCCAUUUUCCCUACUUGGAAUAUAUAGAUGUGCAAGAUUGCCCAGAGCUCAAAAAAUUAUCAUUUAGGGCUGAAAUGUUGAAGAACAGAUUAAAAGAGAUUCGCGGUGAAUACUAUUGGUGGAACAACUUGGAUUGGGAUGACGAGAGCAUCAAGGAUUCCUUGACUCCUUAUUUUAGGCCACCAAUUUGGACAUGAAGCAUUGGCCUUUUGGUCAAGGAGACUAUAGGGCGUUCAAUGUUUUGAUCGUCGUGGAUGGUCAAAUUGUUGAAUUCUUUGGUUGGUUGGACAUGUAUCUAAAUUUGCUUGAUGAUUCCUAGCUAGCUAGUUAAUUGGACAUCUCUUUAAUGUUUUACAAUUUGAUCAUUGAUAUUGUCUUCUUAACUUUACUUCAUCAUGAAGGAUUUUCAUUUCAUAUAAUGUUAUAGUUUUAAUUUUGUUUGAUAUCAUCAUU